AUGAGCUCUGAGAGCGAACAGGAGUUGGAAAAGCUCAGAUCCGAGCCCAGCUCGUCUGGCACAGAGAGUUUCCACUCUCAAUAUGUAGUUUUAAACACCAUCGGCCAAGGAGGAUUCGCCAGAGUCAAAUUAGCUCGGCACCGCCUCACAGGCAAGCUCGUGGCUGUCAAAAUAAUCCGCAAGAGGCAGCACUGGUGCCACCCCGAAACAUCGGAGGUGGAUAUUCUCAAGAUGACCAACCAUCCAAACAUUAUAUCCCUUUUCCAAGUCAUUGAGAAUAAGAAGACAAUAUACCUCAUCAUGGAAUUGGCCGAGGGUAAACCACUUUACCAACACAUUGAAGAAGCUGGUCACCUGAAGGAGGAUGAGGCACGGAUAAUAUUCAAACAAAUACUAAGUGCUAUGAGCUACUGCCAUGACCGGGGGAUAAUCCACAGAGACCUGAAACCUGGCAACAUCAUGAUCGACAAUAGUGGAAGAAUAAAAAUUAUUGAUUUUGGGCUCGGCACCCAAGUGAUGCCAGGGCAAAAGCUGAGGUAUCACUGCGGGACAUAUGCAUUUAGUGCUCCUGAGGUUAUCCUUGGGAGACUUUAUGAGGGCCCCAAAAUUGAUACAUGGUCCCUGGGGAUUCUCCUAUAUUGUAUGAUCACAGGAAGACUUCCCUUCGAUGGUACCAACACUACCCAGCUUAAAAGGCAGGUGACAUCAGGAAAGUAUUCUAUCCCCCGUGGCCUGUCCAUAGAGCUCCAGGACCUCAUUAGCUAUAUGUUAACACAGAAUCCCAAACACAGACCGACAAUCACUGAGUUCAUGCUACAUCCGUGGCUCAAGGAGGACUCAGCGAGCUUCCCAGAACCGUGUGGCAAACAAAUCCAACUCAGGCCGGACAUGGCAAUCAUAAAAGCUAUGGAACACAUUGGAUUUGAAGCACGUGACAUCGAGGAGUCACUCUUCUAUAGGAAAUAUAAUCAGGCCAUGGCCUCGUAUUAUUUCUUAAAAGAGCAGGCUCUUCAGGAGUGUGACAGCCCUAUCCGGGCUCAACCCGUGAAUCCAUGGAAAACACCAUACCCUUCCCUUGAUGAUCCUGCUACUUUCUGCUCGGGACUUAGGAGAAGAAGCGAGCCCAUCUUGUUUUCUGCCUUCUCCAACAGUCAAACGUCUACCCAAGGCCAGAAGGCUAAGAAGAGAGAAGAGAGAAGAGUCAGUUGGCCUGGUGUUCUUCCUUGCAGGCCACUCCAAACAACACCCACAAUGGGCCAAGCCCACAUACAUUUUGGGAGUGUCCCCUGCCUGUACUCAAUGGGUUUGGGAGGAGAGAGCAGCAGCAUCAGCGCCUCAGCAGAGCACAAGCCUCUCCCCAGCAGGGGUCGGUCCCUAGGUUUCAAGGGGUGGGUCAGGAGAAUAGCAAAUGGCCUCAGGAAGCUCUGUUGCUGCCUACCAGCAAGAAAACAACGUGGCCUUGGGGAGAAGAGAGCCUCCCGGCGUCUCCUCAGGGAGAAGAGAGUCUCCCCACAAAUGUAA